GAAACAAGAAACAAGAAAGAAUGUUGGUUCUCUAGUGGUGACUCUCAAUGAAGUACCUACUUUCAGCUUAGUCUCUAUCUACAGUUCUACACUACUGAUUCCUUUCACACUCCCCCCUGUAACCCUCCCUUAGGGACCCCCAUUUCCGCUUUCCCUUUCCUUAGCACCCCCAACAAACACACAUACACACACACACUCAAAAACACAUUUCACAUAUCUUCUCAUUUUCUUCUAUGGCAGAAACAUGGGGUUCAGUUUUUGAGCCUUGUAGAACCUCUUGUUUGCUCAAAGUUUCAUUCUUUUUACUCUUUGUCUUGUUUUUUCCUUUCUUGAACCCAUUUUCCUCUGCAUUUGCUGUUUCUUUUGAUGGUAAUACAAGUGGGGUUGUGAAUCUUGAAGCUGUAAAUGGUAGUACUGGACUUGACCCAAAUGACAUGGCUUUCCUUUUGCUGUUCAAGUUACAGCUCCAAGAUUCUUCUCAGAGCUUAUCAAGCUGGGAUUUAAAUGUUUCAAACUGGACCGGUGUGACCCGGUCCAACCAGACCGGCCGGGUCACUGGACUCAACCUCUCCCGGUUUAACUUGUCAGGCCAGGUUCAUACUUGUUUGUGUAAUCUCACUUUUCUGGAAACCCUUGUGUUGUCUCACAACAGCUUCAACAGUUCAAUACCAUCUUGUUUGUGGAAGUUGUGGAGCCUUAGGAAUUUUGAUCUUAGCUAUAAUUUAUUCACUGGUGAAAUUCCUAGUACAUUUGCAUCCAUUAGCCAGUUAAUUGAACUUAACCUUAGUCAUAACAUGUUGAGUGGUGAAAUUCCAAUGUGGAUAGGGAAUUUCUCAAUGACACUUGAGAAUCUUAACUUGGGUUUUAACAGUUUUCAUGGAGAUAUACCUAAGAGCUUGUUAAACUUGAUGUCAUUGAAAUAUCUGGACUUGUCCCACAAUAGUUUGAUAGGAAAUGUGGGUGAUUUUCGCCAAGCAUUGGUCUCGCUAAACCUCGAGUCUAAUUUGUUAUCGGGUACUUUGCCUUGUCUAUAUUCUUCGAGGGAAUCGCUUACGGUUCUCAAUUUAGGGAAUAAUUUGAUUCUUGGAGGCAUACCGACAUGUAUCUCUAGUCUUGGGGGUUUGACACAGCUCAAUUUAUCACAUAAUGAGUUGCGAUAUGGUAUUUCGCCAAGAUUGGUUUUUUCGGAGAAGUUGUGUGUGUUGGACUUGAGUUAUAAUGAGUUAUCUGGGAAGAUUCCAUGUAGGAUCGUCGAGGCAUCAGAGAAGUCUGGACUUCUACUUCUUGACCUGUCGCACAAUCUGUUUUCUGGUGAUAUUCCUGUAACAAUAACAGAAUUAAAGAGUUUGCAAGCGUUGAUUCUCUCUUACAAUCUUCUUGUGGGCGAAAUACCAGAAAGGAUUGGUAAUUUGACCUAUUUACAGGUGAUUGAUCUCUCACAUAACCUCCUCACUGGCUCGAUUCCUGUGAACAUCGUCGGUUGUUUCCAACUACUGGCACUGAUACUAAACAGUAAUAAUCUUUCUGGGGAAAUUCAGCCUGUGCUUGAUGCGUUGGAUAGUCUAAAGAUAUUUGAUAUGGGAAACAACAAGAUUUCGGGUGAGAUUCCACUGACAUUGGCAGGGUGCAAGUCUUUGGAAGUUGUUGACUUGAGCUCUAAUAAUCUCUCAGGAUCUUUAAAUGAUGCGAUAACCAAAUGGUCGAAUCUCAAGUUCCUCUCCCUUGCUCGGAACAAGUUCAGUGGAUCUCUGCCAAGUUGGCUGUUUACAUUUCAGGCUAUUCAUACUUUAGAUUUUUCUGGAAACAAAUUCUCAGGCUAUAUACCAGAUGGUAACUUUAACACUAGUCCAAAUUUCUACAAUGGCGACACUAGAAAAACCAUUCCUGCAGUACCGUCAAUUUCAGCUCGAAGACUUGACAUCAAACUCUCCCUUGUUGCUGAUGAAACUAGUUUGAGCUUCAACUAUAAUCUCACAACCACAAUUGGAAUUGAUCUGUCUGACAACUUGCUUCAUGGCGAAAUUCCAGAGGGUCUGCUCGGGUUACAUGGUUUGGAAUACCUUAAUUUGUCAUAUAAUUUUCUUGAUGGUCCAGUUCCGGGUAGUUUAGGGAAGUUGCAGAAGUUAAAGGCUCUUGAUUUGUCACAUAAUUCUUUAUCUGGUCACAUCCCUGAAAACAUAACUGUCCUCGGAAAUUUGACAGUUUUAAAUCUGUCAUAUAAUUGCUUCUCUGGUGUUAUUCCCACAAAGCAAGGUUAUUCGAAAUUUCCAGGAGCAUUUGCUGGUAAUCCGAACCUAUGUAUGGAAUCAUCAGUUAAUGGCUGUCAGAAAACUUUUCCAGUAGAGCCAGGGAAGAAAUUUAAAGAAGAAAUGGAAGAGGGUCCAUUAUCAGUUUGGGUUUUUUGUAUAACUGCUUUAGUUAGCUUCUAUGUUGGCGUCGUUGCUUUAUUUUGUUCAUCUCGAGCAAGAAACUAUAUUCUGCAGACAAAAAGUUAGCAGAUUGAAAGUGAUAAGAGAUCAUUGUACAGUAACUUAUGAAUUGUAUCAUAUAGCAGCUGCUUUCAAGCUUCAUCUUGUUUACUAACCAGCCAUUUUGUUUUAUUACUUAACCCUGGAUUAUGAACGGAAGCCUUGUAACUAGUAAUGUUGCGGCUAUGUGACCAAGAGGUCAUGGGUUUAAGCCGUGGAAUUAUAUUUAGAAUUUUGUGUGUUAAUGCACAUGGAAUCUUAGAGCUCUCAGAGUUGUAGUGUCAUUUGAAGCAAAA